ACGUUAGUUAUCCAUUAACCCAGGACAUAUGAAAACAGCCCAACUCGGUCAGCCUUUAGCUACAGCUCUAUCAGUGGACGUUAUGGUAAAGGAGAUAUGCCAUGAGCAGAUAGACAGCUGGAGCCGUGUGGGAGCGUUCGCAGUUAUAUGGGACUUCCUGUUUGUGACAUAGUUCCUGUAUCCUUAUGGGCCCUCGUCGCGUUUGUUCAGUGUAGCCAUAGACUCUGGAUCAAGUUUCAGCUCAAACAUCAGAGCGUAAUGGCACUGCCCUUCACUUAUUAAUGACCCGAGGAGAAGUCCCCACCACUCAACAUCGCCAUCCAGUGGACAGCUGAAGCACCAAAAGGAAACGGCCUCCCUCAUCUGAUCCUGUCUACUGUCAGCUCAACUCAGACUAAUUGGUUUCAACAUUAAAAGGACAAUAGGGGAUCCAUUUUCAGAGUUCUGUUCUGUCUCAACAGCAACGCUCGGAAAUGGGGAGGAUUAUAGUUUUGGACUUGAAUAAACCUUAAAAAGUUACAAAAAAGCAAUAGAUUGACUUCAGAAAAUCCGAAACAGUGUCUGAAGUGACUCAUGAGAGAGAAAUGGCAGCGCACACAGAGACGCCGCUCACCACAGCGUUCAGCACAACACACAACUCUACAAUCAAAGACGCAGAGAAGCCCACGUCUCAUAACUGGGAGUUCCUGAUCGUGGUCUUGGCUGUCGCGGUCUGCAUCUCUGCUCUCAUCGCUCUGUUGGCCAAAUGCCGGGUGGUGAGGCGCUACCUGGCCAGCUACAGACACACAAGACUCCGGGAGGUGGACACCGUUAGCCAGCCGUCAGGUCUAGAUGUGAACUUCACCAUUCACGGUGGACACUGUACUCCUCCCGUGCUCGAGGAGGAUGACGACGGCUUCAUCGAGGACAACUACAUCCAGCCGAGCGACCGGGAGCGCGCCCAGAGAGCGGCGGCCAUCUUGGAGGACACAGAGGAGGAGAUGGAGGACAUAGACUUUAGCAUUGCAUAGACAGGUUGUGUUUUGUGACACAUUCUCCACUCCUUUUUUCAUAAGCAAAAAGUUCUUUGCAGAGCUGGGUACAUUUACAUUUUUUCAGUGCAGGGACUUAAACUUAACUUUUGAUUUUGACGGGUUCUUAUGUUACUUUUUCUGGUACGUAUUCCUGUAAUGAUCUGAAGAACCACAAAACAACACGAAAUGUUAAUGUUCAUAUGUUGAUUUACAGACACAAUAGUGAAAUACAAACCUCAGGAUCAUGUAGAGCGGGUUAACACGAACAUUUAAGACCAAAAUGAGUUUGAAAGUAGCAGUUACAGAGAGAGGGGACACAGUUUUUUAUACAGAAAGUUUAUUCAUGUUUGGAACGUGGUGGCUAGCAGGUUAGCUUCGUCCAUUUAUAUAUACAACAUUUUUUAUACCAAACUUGCUCCUUUCAAUGGUACCAGGCCUGUUGACAGAAAUUUGGGAGCACGGGGCCCCCACUAAUAUACAUAAAUGGAAAGAUGGUCCAAUUCUGGGCCCUUAAGACCCUUUGUCCCCUCCACUGUCAACUCCCCUGAUGGUACCCAGCCCUACUACUGCACUCACUUAUAUUUAUACUAUUUAAAAAGAUUAUUUUUACUGGACAAAGACCAGCCGUACAUUUGGACACAGUCUCUCAUUCGAUUUUUUUAUAUUUUCUUUUACUACUUUCUAUAUUUUAUCUACACAGAGCGAAUUAUAGAGUAAAUAAGGGAAAUUUAAUAAUAUUCUAUGUCUGUGUAAUCUACUAAAGCAAACUACUAAAGUAUUUUGAGGAUUUGAACAGAAAAAAUAUGUUUAAAAAAGAAUUCUAUACAUCUUAUAUCAUAUAUUUCAUGUCUUCUGUGUGUUUAUAACAUGUAGAAAGUAGUAAAAAAAACAAAACAUUUGAACAAGAGGUUGCGUCCAAACUUUUGACUGGUUAGACGCUCCAAAAAAUAUGACCUGGCAAAAUCCAAGUCUUAGCUGCAUAAACGCCUGACAUUUUUUAAAAUUAGAAGGGCUGUAAAAAUCUAACUCUAAGUACAAUACACAUAAUCUCUUGUACAAAUGUUGAUUAUUGUUCAAAUAUGUAUUUUAAAGUGUUUCUGAGCUGGCCGGAUAGUUUUUUUCAUUCUUUCUUUGCAUAAAAGUCACUCAAAAGUACAUUUCUUUUUAUAUUUUUCUUCUACUUAAACUGGUAUUACGCACUUAUUUGAUGCACUUAAGGAAAAAUAAGGAUGGAUAGAGAUAUAAAAUAGAGGUAGUUGUGUGAAAAAAGGCAAAAGCGCAUGCCGAUACCUCCGUUAACGUCAUUUUUAUGGCUAAAAAAAGAAAAAAAAAAACAGUCCAGGUGAGCCAUAAUGGUCUAUAAUGUGCUAUAAUGUAGAGCAAAGCGACUAUAAACAGCCAAACACCUGUGUCAGAUCUGCGGGGGGGGCGUCUCUCCCUCCUCCUCUCUCUCAGAUGACCUGGUAACUGUCUGACCACACACAGGUGGAGCACAGAUGGAGCACAGGUUGUGGUCAGGAGGUCGACUUUCAUGUCCAGAUGCAAAACCAACUGAAGUUUUUUUAGUGGAUUUUAUAAACUUUUACUGUUUUACUGAUGUGAUGCCGACAGAUGAUUUUAUAAGUGUCAAAGAUAAAUACAGAUGUUAAUGUAACCUCCUGUUUGAAAUAUUAACUUAUCAACUGAGGAAAUUAAUUUAAAGUUUUGUUUAAAUUAAAAUUCUACAAUAUU